AAUAUACAAAGUUGCAAGCAUAACAUUGAUACAUAUCUUAAAAUCAUCUUUGAUUGUUAUUUCAUGGCGAUCUCUAAUGGAUCGAGUUUCUUAACCUCAAAACCACUGUUACUGCUUCUUCUCAGCUUCCUAAUGGCUUCCUUCUUCGACACGGCAGUUGGGCAAAUCGGAGUGUGCUACGGGAGAAAUGGAAACAACCUGCGUCCUGCGUCGGAAGUCGUGGCUCUUUACCGAGAACGGAACAUCCGGCGGAUGCGGCUGUACGAUCCCAACCAGGAGGCUCUCAACGCUCUCCGCGGCUCCAAUAUCGAGCUCGUGCUCGAUGUUCCAAACCCUGAUCUCCAGCGUCUCGCCUCCAGCCAAGCGGAAGCCGACACGUGGGUCCGCAACAACGUCCGUAACUAUGCAAACAAUGUCAGAUUCCGCUACAUAUCGGUCGGGAACGAGGUACAACCCUCGGACCAAGCCGCCAGGUUUGUCCUCCCUGCGAUGCAGAACAUAGAGAGAGCAGUUUCAAGCCUUGGGAUCAAGGUCUCGACGGCUAUAGACACCAGAGGAAUUUCCGGGUUUCCACCGUCAAGUGGGACGUUCACACCGGAAUUUAGGAACUUUAUCGCACCGGUGAUAGGUUUCUUGGCGAGCAAGCAAUCUCCUCUGCUCGUGAAUCUCUACCCUUACUUCAGCUAUACGGGAAACAUGAGAGACAUCCGUUUAGACUACACUUUGUUCACCGCACCGUCCACUGUAGUCAAUGACGGACAAAACCAAUACCGAAACCUCUUCCACGCAAUCUUAGACACUGUUUACGCAUCAUUAGAGAAAGCUGGAGGUGGAUCAUUGGAGAUCGUGGUUUCCGAGAGUGGUUGGCCGACCUCGGGAGGAGCCGCGACGAGUGUGGAGAAUGCGAGGACUUAUGUGAACAAUUUGAUACAAACUGUGAAAAAUGGAUCUCCGAGAAGGCCAGGGAGAGCUAUAGAGACUUAUAUAUUUGCUAUGUUCGAUGAGAAUUCGAAGCAGGGUCCCGAGAUUGAGAAGUUUUGGGGACUUUUUCUUCCGAAUCUACAGCCUAAGUAUGGUGUCAAUUUCAACUAAUAUCCUUGAAGACACGAUCACGAUGAAGCGAUAUGAGAUAAAUGACUUGUAUCGUAAAGGUUUCGUAAGAGUGAGAACUUAUUGUAAUAAUAAGGAAUAAUUAUGAGAUCACCAGAAAAAUAAUAAAAUUCAAGUAUGCUU